AUGUCGUACCUGAAAGUAAUGAUCAUAUGGAACAUAAUUUGUGUAUCCCUGGUGAUCCUUUCACUGUCCCUGAUUCAAGAAGUGGCUUCUCAAGCAGUCUCCUGCAAAGGACGUUGCUUUGAAGUCUACCAAAGAGGAAGAGAGUGCGACUGUGACAUAGACUGUAAACGAUAUGGAAAAUGCUGCCCAGACUAUGAUGAACACUGUAAAGAAUUACACACAGAAAAGCCAGUGCCCAAGAUUCCUCCCCCAAACAAAUCGACGUCUAAAAGGUCAUCUACAGAUGAAGAAAAGAAGCCAGAGAAAGAAUAUAUUUUUCCUCUUACAGAUACCAGCAAUGCGACCAGUCCUCCACCAACUACAAAACAGCCUGAUACAACAGCCUCAACCGAAGCAAUUACUACUAAACCAUUUACUCUAAAACCUACUUUACCAGCUACCACAAUUAUUACCACAAAACCAACAACUACCACCCAAAAGGCUGAAGAAACAAUCCCUGAAGCCACAGAGGCACCAAAAACUCCCAAGGAUGAAGACACAACCCCUCCAACCACUGAGGCCCAAACAACCCCAAAAGAUGAAGAGACAACUCCUGAAGCGACAGAAGGACCAACAACACCCAAAGCUGAAGAAGAGACAAUCCCUGAAGCCACUGAGGCACCAACAACACCCAAAGCUGAAGAGACAACCCCUAUAGCUACUGAGGCACCAACAACACCCAAAGCUGAAGAGACAACCCCUGAAGCCACCGAGGCACCAACAACACCCAAAGAAGAAGAGACAACCCCUGAAGCCACUGAGGCACCAACAACACCCAAAGAAGAAGAGACAACCCCUGAAGUCACCGAGGCACCAACAACCCCCAAAGAAGAAGAGACAACCCCUGAAGCCACUGAGGCACCAACAACACCCAAAGCUGAAGAGACAACCCCUGAAGCCACCGAGGCACCAACAACACCCAAAGCUGAAGAAGAGACAACCCCUGAAGUCACUGAGGCACCAACAACACCCAAAGCUGAAGAAGAGACAACCCCUGAAGCCACCGAGGCACCAACAACCCCCAAAGCUGAGGUCACAACACCUGUAGCCACUGAGGCAGCAACAACACCCAAUGAAGAAAAGACAACCCCUGACGCCACCGAGGCACCAACAACACCCAAAGAAGAAGAAGAGACAACCCCUAUAGCUACUGAGGCACCAACAACACCCAAAGAAGAAGAGAGAACCCCUGAAACCACUGAGGCACCAACAGCCCCCAAAGCUGAAGAAGAGACAACCCCUGAAGCCACUGAGGCACCAACAACACCUAAAGCUGAAGCCACAGAGGUACAAACAACACCCAAAGCUGAAGAAGAGACAACUCCUGAAGCCACUGAAGCACCAACAUCCCCCAAAGCUGAAGAGACAACCCCUGUAGCCACUGAGGCACCAACAACCCCCAAAGCUGAAGAGACAACCCCUGAAGCCACUGAAGCACCGACAACCCCCAAAGAAGAAGAGAAAACCCCUGAAGCCACUGAGGCACCAAAAACCCCUAAAGCUGAAGAAGAGACAACCCCUGAAGUCACCGAGGCACCAACAACCCCCAAAGCUGAAGAGACAACCCCUGAAGCCACAGAGGCACCAACAACCCCCAAAGCUGAAGAGACAACCCCUGAAGCCACCGAGGCAAUGACAACACCCAAAGCUGAAGAAGAGACAACCCCUGAAGUCACCGAGGCACCAACAACACCCAAAGAAGAAGAGACAACCCCUAUAGCUACUGAGGCACCAACAACACCCAAAGCUGAAGAGACAACUCCUGUAGCCACUGAGGCAUCAACAACCCCCAAAGCUGAAGAAGAGACAACCCCUGAAGCCACUGAGGCACCAACAACCCCCAAAGCUGAAGAGACAACCCCUGAAACCACUGAGGCACCAACAACACACAAAGCUGAAGAGACAACCCCUGAAGCCACUGGGGCACCAACAACACCGAAAGCUGAGGUCACAACACCUGAAGCCACUGAGGCACCAACAACCCCCAAAGAAAAAGAAGAGACAACCCCUGAAGCCACUGAGGCACCAACAACACCCAAAGCUGAAGAGACAACCCCUGAAGCCAGAGAUGCUACAACUACUGCAAAAGCCAAAGAGACAACCCCUGAAGCUGCAGAGGCCCCAACAACACCCAAAGUCAAGGAGACAACCCUUGCAGCCACAGAGUUCCCAACAAUACCCAAAGCCGAAGACACAACCCCUGCAGCCACAGAAGCUGUGGCUACCCCAAAAGCUGAAGGGAUGACUUCUGCAUGCACAGAGGCCCCAGCAACUUCAAAAGUCGAAGUGUCAACUCCUGAACCCAUUGAGACACCAACUCCUAAAGCCAAAGAGAUAACUCCUGAAGCCACUGAGACACCAUCAACUCACAAAGUCAAGGAGACAACCCUUGCAGCCACAGUGGCCUCAACGACUCCCAAAGCCAGAGAGACAACCCUCAAAGCCAAAAAGACUACAACCCCUAAAGUUGUGGAGACAACCCCUGUUACCACGGAGGUACCGACCUCGAAAACCGAGGAGCCAAUGUCUGAGGCCACAGAUCCUCCAACGACCCCUAAAAGUAAAGGGACAACCCCUAAAGGCACAGAGAGACCAACAGCACCUAAAUCUGAACAGAAACCCCCUGAAGCCACAGAAGCACCAACAACCCCUAAAGCUGAGGAGACAACCCCUAAAGCCACAGAAGCACCAACAACCAAGGUUGAUUCUCCCACCACACCCAAAGCGGAGGAGAAAACUGCUAGUGCCACAAAGGUGCCAACAAUCCCCAAAGAGAAAGAAAUAAUGCCUAAGGCCACAGAUGCUCUAAUAUCCUUGUCUGAUUCUCCCAUCGUUCCUGAAGUUGAACCUUCUACACCUGCACCCACAAAUGUUAAACAAGGCACAACUACUAUAUAUAGCAAACUAGUAAGUAUAACUGAUAAAAGUGACAGAACAACAACUAAGCCUCUUAUGACCCCUGUAACCAUGAAGUCCUCAACUAAAAAAGAAACAACUACAGAGAAAAAGGAAGUAACAACACCGAAGAAAGACAAAACUACUGUGCUUAAAGACAUUUUGAAAGGUAGAAGAGACACAACUACUGUAACUAUUCCAGAUACAACCCCUGCACCCAAUCAAGCUGUUAGUACAACAGCUGAAUUAGAAGCAACUACUACAUACAAAAAGGCUGCAACAACAGCUACGGAAGGAGAAGCAACCCCAGCUACACAAGACAAAACUCCCACACCAAAAGAGACUUCACCAUCUACAGCUAACAGAGAACAAGCUGCGGGAGCCAUAACUGUAACAACAUCAGCAGCUACAAGCAUUAUACACAAGCCCACUACGCUGCCAACAACUGCCAAAACAGAUUCAACUUCUAAACCCAGGGCGAUUGUUACAACAACUAAAAGAGACACAACUAUGGAAACUACAUGGGCUGUACCAGCAGUUGCUGAGUGCAUCAUUCCCUCUAAAGAGACAACAGCUGGUGAAGAAGAGAUGACCACCCUUGCCAAGGAAACAAGCUAUACUACUGAAAAAGAAACAGAAGAUGCCCCUGAAAAGUCCCCUAGCCUUGACAAGAAAGAAGAAACUACAGUGAUCAGAGGUAGAACAACAACAGAUAAAAAAGACACAAUAGAAGAAAUGUUUCUUGUUCCUAGAGGGACAUCCAAGCCAGCUAUACGUUUCCAGGAGAUUACUGACACACAUGAUGAGCCUUCUCCACCCAGCCCUGAAACCAUGCCAGUAGAAGAGCCCGAGAUAAACAAGCCUUUAAUACAAAUUGCAGACUUGCCAGUCUUAUCUGGAGGAACAGAAAUGGGGAUGGCCAACGAGAAGGACCUGUGCAGUGGGAAGCCAGCGGAUAGCAUGGUUGCCCUGCCCAAUGGAACCCUGGCCAUCUUCAGAGGUCACUACUACUGGCUGCUGAAUGGCAGGACCCCACCAACAACCAGUCCCCAGCGGAUCAGUGUGGGCUGGGGCAUCCCAUCCCCCAUCGAUGCCGUCUUCUCCAGAUGCAACUGUGAUGGCAAGACUUUCUUCAUCAAGGGUCCUCUAUAUUGGCGUUUCACUAACGGUGUAAUGGAUAUAGGCUAUCCCAAACCUCUCACAAAUGGAUUUGCAGGGCUAAGUGGGAAAAUAAGGGCAGCCCUCCCAGUGGCAAGUUACAAUGGCAGACCAGAAUCUGUUUAUUUUAUCAAAAGAGAUGGCAACAUGCAACAGUAUGUAUAUAGGCAAGAACCAGCCAGGAAGUGCCAACGGAAAGCACGCAUUACCAUAAGAUACCCAGCUUUUGUCCCAAGACUUGUAAUAAGGAGACGCUUUCAACGUGCAGUAGGAAUGCCAACAGUUAUUCAGACUGUCAGAAUCAAUCCAUACCAAUCUGGAGUUUUGCGCAAGGAAAUCAAAGUGACUGCCUACUGGAGAGGGCUCCCCAAAGUAGUUCAUUCGACGAUCUCAGUACCCAACUACAAUAAACCAGAUGGCUAUGAUUAUUAUGCCUUCUCUUACAAUCGGUACUACAGUUUGGAUGUGGGCAAAAGAAUAGCAAGACCUGUAACCGCUCUCACGGGAAAGACUGUGUCUAAAGACUGGUAUAACUGUCCUGAAAAGUGA